AUGUCUCCGUCACAGUCUCAAGAUCAAUCGCAAUCGCAAUGCUCGACCUCGUCAAAAACCGGCACUCUCUACUUCGCCUACGGCUCCAACCUCUCGGCAUACCAGAUGUCUCUUCGACUCCAGCACUCGCCCGCGUCGAGCGAACCCGUCGCAAUCGCCCGGCUGGACUCGUAUGCCUGGAUAAUCUGCGAACGCGGGUACGCCAACGUGGUCGCACUGCCCAAAUCCAACACGGCGUCAUCGUCGCCGGACGACGAUGAGAAUACGGUCUGGGGCGUCCUGUAUAAUAUGGACCCGGUGGACGAGGCCCGGCUGGACAUGUACGAGGGCCACAAUCAUGCGAGAAACCCCAACCCAACGAUCAACCCGGACCCAGCGACGCAGAUGGUCAAGCGGUACUUGCAGGACGGGUGGGACUAUAACAAGCAUUACCUCCCCAUGACGGUGACGAAGUGGCUGAAAGAUCCGGCCGAGCUGGGCAUAGACGUGCCGUCGUCCUCAUCAUCUUCUCUACCAGCUACCAACAUGACGAACGGUGUCACAGAAUCGCACAACGAAACGACCGUCCGCGCGCUCGUCUACGUCGACGAAUUCCGCACGACGCCCGGAAAAAUCGUCCAGGAAUACAUCGGCCGGAUGAACAGAGCGAUCGAAGAGUCUGUCCAGCUGGGCAUCCCGCAGCGCUGGGUCGACGCGGUCAUGAGGAAGUUCAUCCCCCCGGGUAUCUAUGUCGAUGAGGAAGGCUACGUCGGCACGGAUGAGGGGUAUGUCGAGGCCGAGGCGACAGAGGCGGAGGAUCAUGUCAAGGAGAAUGAGCUUAAGGAUAGAGACAAGGAUUGGGACCGGGAAUUGGAUGUGCAGGGGGACGUGUGA